GGGGGGGGGGGGGUCCGCGAGGGAGUGAGGCAACUUCCGACCGGAGCUGCAGGCAAAAGGGCAAAGCCUCCGGCGCCGAGAGGGAGGCUGCUUUUGCCGGGAGUCGGAAACAUGCCCAGGAGACUCGGCGGGAGGCGCGCUCCUUCGGGCUGAACGGCCGGGGAUACCUCGGGUCGAGGGAGAGGAAGGAAGGAAGGAAGGAAGGAAGGAAGGAAGGAAGGAAGGAAGGAAGGAAGGAAGGAAGGAGGGGAAGCCGCCUCCGAAGCCCCUCCGCCCUGCCAUGGGCAGCCACGAAGCGGCCACGAUGGAGCCCCGCGAGUUCCCCCCAGAUAAUGACAGACCACAAGUUGCCUUUGAUGAAUCCAGACGGCUAAGCAAAGAACAGAUGUUUAUCUUGAUAGCAACAGCAAUUGUCAACUUCUGUUCAAUGAUCUGCUAUUCAAUCCUGGGACCAUUUUUUCCAAGAGAGGCAGAAAAGAAAGGUGCUAACAGUACAAUAGUUGGAUUCAUUUUUGGAUGCUUUGCUUUAUUCAACUUCUUGGCAUGUUUGAUCAUGGGAAAGCAUCUUGUACAGAUUGGAGCAAAGUUUAUGUUUGUUACUGGAAUGUUUGUUUCGGGAAUUGUGACAAUUCUCUUUGGGCUGUUGGAUAAAGCCCCUGAUGGGCCCAUAUUCAUAGGACUCUGUUUUUUGGUCCGAGCAGUGGAUGCAAUUGGUUUUGCUGCUUCGAUUACUGCUUCUUUUUCUAUUCUCGCGAAGGCUUUCCCCAACAACAUAGCUACAGUUAUGGGCAGCCUUGAAAUUUUUACUGGACUGGGGCUAGUGUUGGGGCCCCCUAUUGGUGGCUUUUUAUACCAGUCAUUUGGCUACGAAGUCCCUUUCAUUGUCCUUGGAAGCUUAGUACUGCUCAUGGUGCCUCUCAAUAUGUAUCUCUUACCAAAGUACGAUUCCACUCCUAGUAAAGAUUCAUUCUGGAAGCUUGUUGUUAUACCCAAAGUGAUCCUCCUUUGUCUUACAAUAUUUUCAUUAAGUGCAUGCUUAGGUUUCCUAGAUCCUACAAUGUCCCUGUUUGUCUUGAAAAAGUUCAAAUUGCCUGCUGGCUAUGUUGGUCUUGUCUUCUUGGGGCUGGCACUCUCCUAUUCCUUAUCCUCACCACUAAUUGGUUUUCUUAGUGAUAAAAAGCCACUUUCAAGGAAAUGGCUAAUAAUCUUUGGAGGUCUACUAACAGCACUAUGCUAUUUUUUCUUGGGACCAGCUCCCAUCUUUCACAUAGAAAGCAAACUCUGGCUCUUUGUUCUAAUGUUGGUUUUGAUUGGUUUUUCUCUUGGGAUGAAUGGUAUGCCAGUGUUUCCUGAGAUACUCAGCUGCGCAUAUGAGAAUGGAUUUGAAGAAGGAUUGAGUUUGCUAGGGCUGGUCUCUGGUCUCUUCAGUGCAGUAUGGUCACUUGGGUCUUUUGUUGGUCCAACAUUAGGUGGAUUUCUUAAUGAUAAGCUGGGUUUUGAAUGGGCUGCGGCAAUUCAAGGUGGAUUCCCACUGUUAAGUGGGAUUGCUGUAGGAAUAUUCUAUAUCUAUGAAACCUCACAUAGAAGAAGUCACGAAAACCUGUUGGCCACAGAACAAGAAAGAACUCAUCUAUUAUCAAGUGAAACGUAGCUGGAAAUGUUUACCAUUCCAGGAUGAAACCCGACAUCUGGUGGCAUAUUUAGAAGCCUAACGCACAAACAAAGAGUAAUAAAUAUUUACAUGUGGCCAUCCUUUUUACAAUGAUCCAUUAUGACCUCUGGAUCCUGGAACUGUAAUGCGCCUCUCCAUUAUCAGAAAAAAUGCCUUCAAAAAUAUUUCUGCAAUAAACUAUUUGAACUGGUGGUUACAUCUGAAACUGGCAAAGAUAGAAGAUGGAGAGAGAAAAAUUGUGCACUGUGAAAUAUGUUAUAUAAUUCUCUGCUUUUGUACUUUAACAGCACAAAUAGAGCCAGUACUAAAUAAAUCUGCAGGUUCAGUUUCUUAAGGAGUAUAUUUCGUUCAUACUUUUCAAAGAAUAUUACACUGAACAUUUUAAUGUCAUAACAUUAUUUGCUUACUAAUUUAAAAUAAAGAAUGGAACACUAUCAUUUAUAAAAAUAAUUUUAUUUCUAUGUUCAUGGUAUCGUAAAAUAGGAAGAGACCACAAGGGCCAUCCAAUCCAAUCACAUUCUGCCAUGCAGGAACACAUAAUCAAAGCACCUCCAACGUAUGGCCAUCCAGCAUCAUUAUUUACUAGAAAAAUAACAAUUAACAUAUUUAUAUUAACCAUAUUGCUAAUUAAAACCAUUAUUUGUGUGGCUGGAUAAAAGCAGAAAAUAACAAGGACUUGGAAUGAUUACUGAAGAAUGUCAAGGAAGAAAGUACAAAUGCAGGUUUAUAGAUGAACAUCAAGAAAACAAAAAUAUUGGUUUACAUGAUUUUAAAGUAGAGAUGAAGACACUGAAAUAGUUGAAAGUUUUCCAUUCCUUGGCUCAGAAUAGAGAGUCGGAAAUCAAGAAGACUAGGGACCUCUGCACAUAGAUGUUUCCCUUCUUUUCUCUCUGUUUUAGCACUCUGGCAAAACAGAGUCCCACGAAAGCCAUUCCAUGAUGCACAGCAACUUCUGAUAGCCGCCCAUGGGAAUCCAUCUUGCCAGUGUACUAAAACCGAGAGAAGACUCCAUUUUCAGGAAUCAGAUAUUACCAGACUCCCAUUUCAGAGAAGCAGGAAGAAGACGAUGGGGAAAGGUUGUGGAAUGGCUAGCCAUAUCUGAUGAUGGACUUUGCCAGGAGAAAGCAGGAUAAGACAUAAGCUACAUGGUUAAGUUCCUGUGGGAUCACUACCGGGUGUGUGUGUUAAAAGAAAAUGAUUUGCCCUAAUUAAUUACAAGCUACAAACUGAAUAAUUAAGGUCAAUCAGUUUGGGCUACUCCCAAAGGGGUGUUAACUGGGGAGUCUUUGUUCUAUGAUUUUGGGUUUACUGAAUGUUUACUUCUGGGCUUGCUGAAUCCUUGCUACUCAACAUAAGCUUCUGACUUGCAGCCCAUUUGAUGCUGGCAAGUUUGUUUCCACGUCCAAGGAAGGAACAUUGAAAGACAUAUUUUCUACUGGAAAAUUUGUAUGAAUUAAAUGCAUGGACUUUAUGUGAGUGUAAUACUCAGAAGAAUUGUGACUGUAUUAUUGGUUUGUGUUGAAGUCACUGUUUUCUUGAACUUCUGCUUAUAAAAGAGUAAAUUUGAGUUUUGCAUUCUUCUA